AGCGCCGUACGUCGGCGCAGGCCACGUGCGUGCGUGCGAAGUAAGACGUCGGGUGGGGAGGCGGGCCUUCCGGCCCUGCGCAAGGCCAUUUCCGGCAGGAGCCGGAAGACGGUUCCGGAUGGUGGCGGGGGCGGCCUGUUUGUGGAGGUGAGCUGCGGGGCUGCCGGCCUUCCCGCGCCCGCCGGUCGCCUCAUGCUGCGGGCCGCGGCUUCCAGCCCCCGCUCGGAUCGGCGGUGCUGAGGCGCCCGGGCAGCACGCAACAUGUCGUCGGGUCUCCGAGCCGCCGACUUCCCCCGCUGGAAGCGCCACAUCUCGGAGGAGCUGAGGCGCCGGGACCGGCUGCAGAGACAGGCGUUCGAAGAGAUCAUCCUGCAGUAUAACAAGUUGCUGGAAAAGUCAGAUCUUCAUUCAGUGCUGGCCCAGAAGCUGCAAGCUGAAAAGCCGGACAUACCAAACAGGCAUGAGAUAAGUCCUGGACAUGAUGGCGCAUGGAGUGACAGCCAGCUACAAGAAAUGGCCCAGCUAAAGAUGAAACACCAGGAAGAACUUACUGAAUUGCACAAGAAACGUGGAGAGUUAGCUCAGUUGGUGAUCGACCUGAAUAACCAAAUGCAGCAGAAGGACAGGGAGAUGCAGAUGAACGAAGCAAAAAUCGCAGAAUGCCUGCAGACCAUCUCUGACCUGGAGACGGAGUGCCAGGAGCUCCGCAGUAAGCUGCAGGACCUCGAGAGAGCCAACCAGACCCUGAAGGACGAAUAUGAUGCCCUGCAGAUCACUUUCACUGCCUUGGAGGAGAAACUGAGGAAAACUUCAGAGGAGAACCAGGAGCUGGUCACCAGGUGGAUGGCCGAGAAAGCCCAGGAAGCCAAUCGCCUCAACGCCGAGAAUGAGAAGGAUUCAAGGCGGCGGCAGGCGCGGCUGCAGAAGGAGCUCGCGGAAGCAGCAAAGGAGCCUCUACCAGUGGAGCAGGACGAUGACAUUGAAGUCAUUGUGGAUGAAACCACUGAGCACACCGAGGAGACCUCACCCAUGCGAGCCAUCAGCAGAGCGGCCACUAAGCGACUCUCGCAGCCUGCUGGAGGCCUUCUGGAUUCUAUCACUAAUAUCUUUGGGAGGCGCUCUGUCUCUUCCCUGCCAGUUCCCCAGGACAGUGCGGACACUCACCCUGGUUCUAGUGGUAAAGAAGUGAGGGUGCCAACAACUGCACUGUGUGCCUUCGAUGCUCAUGAUGGCGAAGUCAACGCCGUGCAGUUCAGCCCCGGUUCCCGGCUUCUGGCCACAGGAGGCAUGGAUCGGAGGGUCAAGCUCUGGGAAGUGUUCGGAGACAAAUGUGAGUUCAAGGGUUCCCUCUCCGGCAGUAAUGCAGGAAUUACAAGCAUCGAAUUCGAUAGUGCUGGAUCUUACCUCUUAGCAGCUUCAAACGAUUUUGCGAGCCGCAUCUGGACGGUGGAUGACUACCGGUUACGGCACACACUCACGGGCCACAGCGGCAAAGUGCUGUCUGCCAAGUUCCUGCUGGACAACGCGCGCAUUGUUUCCGGAAGUCACGACCGGACCCUCAAGCUCUGGGAUCUGCGCAGCAAAGUCUGCAUAAAGACAGUGUUUGCAGGAUCCAGCUGCAAUGACAUUGUCUGCACGGAGCAGUGUGUAAUGAGUGGACAUUUCGACAAGAAAAUUCGUUUCUGGGACAUCCGAUCGGAGACUAUCGUCCGAGAGAUGGAGCUGUUGGGAAAGAUCACUGCCCUGGACUUAAACCCGGAAAGAACCGAACUCCUAAGCUGCUCGCGGGACGACCUGCUGAAAAUUAUCGAUCUCCGAGUAAAUGCUGUCAGACAGACGUUUAGCGCGUCUGGGUUCAAGUGCGGCUCCGACUGGACGAGAGUUGUGUUCAGCCCUGAUGGCAGUUACGUGGCGGCAGGCUCGGCUGAGGGCUCCCUCUACGUCUGGAGUGUGCUCUCAGGAAAGGUGGAGAAGGUGCUUUCGAAGCAGCACGGCUCGCCCGUCAACGCGGUGGCAUGGGCCCCCUCUGGCUCCCACGUCGUCAGUGUGGACAAAGGCAGCAGAGCUGUGCUAUGGUCAGAGUACUGACGUCACCUCGAGAGCGGAGCCGACGCCGAAGAAGCACCGGGCCCGCAGCUCUGUGCCUGCAGGUGGUGGCGUGUUGGCUGGUGGCGUCAGCCGUGCGGCACGGUGGCCCGCCUUUGAACAGGACUUCUAAGGUCUUGGGCUGAGGUUUCUGACGACACUGAAUAAGAUGGGGCGCUGUGGUCCCUUAGCAGGCGUUCCGCGUCUUGCCUCAGUUCUGGUGGGAAACUGCUGGCCCUGAGCGUCCCACCCCGGCGGGGAGCACAGGCCACCGGGUGCCUCUCGGGGCGGCAGCGCCAAAACCAGCUGCGCACCUGGGCUUGGUUCUCCCUCUGCUCCUCCGUCCUCCUCCCAAAGUCGGUUCUGGCCUGAUGCGUGCCCCGUCAGCUUGGGUCAUUUUCCCGGUGAACUCGCUUUAAUCUUUAGAUCACCAGAAACCAGAGCAAGGUUACCCCGUCCUCAGGUAGCCCAGGGACUCGCUGGUUUCCAGGGAGUCGUGGGACUGCGGUCCCCCGCUCGUUUCGUCUCUCCCUCGAGGCUCCUUCCGAUCUCAGCUGAUAACGGUUGGGAUGCUCUUAGAUCUCCUACGCUGCUCUUGGGAAGCAGCUGGUCCUCAGAGCUUGUCUGUCUCUUGGUCAAGCAAUCAAUCUCAAUUUGGUUAAAAAAAUAUUUUCUUGAGAGGAACUGCAAAAACUUUUUUCCAAGGAAGUGGGUGUGCUGCAGGAGUAGGGAACGUGUUCCUGUCCCCAUCUGUCAGUUCCCGGAAAGCGGGCACGUGCCACAUUCUUUCCAGGUGCGUUUAAGUGACAGUUGCUGGUGACGGGAUUGGAGGGCUGGAAUGUAUCACUCUGGAGCCAGCUGCUCCAGGUCGCACUGCCCCUGUGCCAAGCCUAUGUGCAAUACCCCCUUGGAGCUUCAGCGCAGGAAGCCCAUUCCAGGAGGCGGGGGUGUCGCCUUCGACUUCAGGAGCUGUGAUUGAGGCCGUGGAAAAACUGGCCUGUGACAUUUUUUUUUUAAAUUUAUCUUUCCCAUUUUUCCUGUGUAUGAAAUUUUAGUUCCUUGAGCGAAACACCAAUAUUUUGAUCACUUUAAUUUGCACUUUAUUUUCUUCCAUACUUGCCCUCUGGACAGGGGUGGGCGUGAGUGCUGGGGCCAGGCAAGGGGGGAUGUGCACCCCUCCUCUGAGGGGCCUCGGCUCCGGCUCCUUCCUGCCCCGCCCACCCUCCUCUUUCUGUGAGUUGUUCAGAAGACGCAAGUUGAGGGGGGGUUGAAAUUCACAGCCAGGCCACAUCUUUUAUUUAUUUAACUGUGUUGCCCAACAGAACUUGAUUGUAAAUAAAAAAGAAAUAUUAUAUACUUUUCAAACUCCGUG